UGCUAACGCUAUGCUACUGCUGGUGUCUGUUAGCUGCCGCAGGGGGACGGUGCUAGCGCAGCGUUAGCUAGCCGCCUCCACUUGGACCCACAGUCACAUCUGCAUUGAGGUAGAGCCAGGACAGACAGGAGGAGCUGCAGCCUUUGACUUUCUGGAGGCAUGUCCAAGAAAAGGGGCAGAAAGCGAAGCAGCGGGGAACUGAGUGACACAGUGAGCCCCGACCCAAAUAGUAUUCUGGGAGUGCGUAUUCAACACAACUGGCGCGAGAAGGGGAACCAGAGCAAAUGGAAGGGAACAGUGCUUGACAGGCUUAGUGUAAAUCCCUCCCUCUUUAUGGUGAAGUAUGACGGCUUUGACUGCGUCUAUGGCAUCGAGCUGUUCAAGGACGAGAGAGUGUCCAACUUGCAAGUCCUGUCAGAAAAAGUUGUAAACAACAAAAUCAAGAUACCUCCAGGGGCGGAGGAGCUGGUGGGCAAAGCUGUUGAGCAUCUUUUUGAAAAAGAGGAUGGAGAGAAAAAUGAGUGGAGAGGCAUGGUCCUCUCCAGAGCUCCAAUCAUGACCAACUGGUAUUACAUCACGUACGAGAAGGACCCCGUUCUUUACAUGUACCAGCUGUGGGAUGACUACGCAGACGGAGACCUAAGGAUUCUUCCUGAAGCAGAAAACAAGCACCUGUUGCCUGCGGACAGGAAGCCAGGAGAAGAGACAGAGAGUCUGGUGGGGAAACAAGUGGAGUAUGUUACUGACAAGGGCGUGAAGAGAACUGGCCUGGUCAUCUACCAAGUCCCGGCCAAGCCCUCGGUCUACUAUAUCAAAUACGAUGAUGACUUUCACAUUCAUGUAUAUGACCUGGUCAAAACCACCUAGAGAAAGUGGACACUGAUCUCACCCUCCAGCCCUCCCUCCAUCUGCUUCUGUUCCACUCAUUGUUACAAUCUUGUUAUUCAAAGCCAUGGCAGGGUUGGGUAGUUAAUAGGCUUUAUUGUUGAGAAGAAAGUGCAAUCUUUUUUUGUAUGCACAGCAGAACUGUAGCACCGCUAUGCUUUGCUAUUUUGAGGGAGUCAACGUGUUUUAUUUUUGCUGCUCUACUUUAUACUUUAACAUUUGGACAGAACAAGAUUGCACUGCCCAACAGCUGCAAAGUGCAGUUGAUACUGCAUUUUGCAAUGUUGUCCUGGACACAGUAAUCUGUCCAUAUAUUAAUUAUCAUAAUUAAAUCUAAGUGUGACUAAAAAGCUGCUUAAGAUUUCCCUUUAAAGAUGCUUUACUUUAGAUGUUCUGGGUAGUACGUUUGGUAUACACACUUUUGUCUGUGUAGAAGCAUUACAGGGAGACAUUAAUUUAAUGUUAUGGGUAGAUAAAUACCUCUACUGUAUUUAUCUAACAAUAUCAAUAUCAGUGUUAGUAGUGGAAGGAAUGAAUAAAAGCAGCAUUGUAAAGUCACCUUAAUGAGGCCCUGGUGUUGUCAAGACCAGUUCAAAUGAGUUGUGCUCAUGUAGAAAUAUACCCCUGCUUCUUUGCACCAUGUUUUUAUUGUAGUAUCCAUGGCGGAGAAUUUGCUUUUUUUUCAUGCUGUACAUCUCUUCUUUAAGCCUUGAAGGAAGGUUUCUGCACAGAUUCUAAUUAAUUAGUUUGCACAGCACAAGGAACAUCAGAUUCUUUGUCCUGCUAUUUGAGAUGCUUAAUUCCCAUGAUCCCACACAAAUCAUCAAGUGCCUUCCGGCUUGUCAUUUUGCAAUAUUGUACAUACUGUAUACUCUGACUAUCUACGCUCUCAAUGAAUCUUUGCGUAUGAAGGCUGCUAUUAGGUUUUCAUUCAGAAGUGGUGCCACUGACAGCUUGUGGAACGUUUUGCUUUACGUUAGUGCUGUGUUUUUGCUCUAUAAUGCAGUAUGAACAAGUUCUUUAAAUAUUACACACAUCAUCAUUGGUUGUGAAAAGUCACCGUUGAUAUUGUGGGGAGCACUUUAACUGUAUAAAGUUUACAUGUUUAGGUUAUGUUAUGCUAUGUUUCCCCAAAAUACAGCAGAGUAUUGCUUUAUAUCACAUGGAUUAAGAGAAAAAAAUUGUUUCAAUACAUUCAGAUGACAGUAUUUAAUCUGUACAACGUGUGUUAAAUGCCUUGUAAUGUUGCCUGUUGUGAUUAUUCACAAUAUGAAUAUCUCACUGAAACACCACCACCACCCUUUAGUGAAAGGGUCAUUCAUACACAAAUUAUAACAGGUGUAAUCAACUGACAAACCACUUUGUAGACAGUAGCUAACUCUGGUUCCAGUCUGUCCCGUCUGUCUGGUAUUCUCACAAACACGACAUGUAUGCUUGCAGUAUGGAUUUCAUCUCAACCUUCUGUCAUUCAGUGUAUCCCUCAGUAAACUAGUUAAUCAGUAGGUGUACCGUUACUGUUAUUUUUAACUGUCGGAGCUGCAUGCACCAUCUGAGCAGUGUCAAAAGAGAUUUUCAAUUUUAACUUUGGCAUUGGAGAAGUGACAGUGUGUGGCAUAAUUAGUACUGUUUGUUUAAAGCCACUUUUAAAAUAUCAAUCAAAAAAAAGGUUAACACUGUACAUCACCCCUAGUGGUGCUGUGGAGUGUUUCUGUGUUGUGUAGAGUGGAGUUACAAACGACUGUGCGCGCUCUUCUUCGUGCUUCAAUCACCACCUCCUGUUCUGAAGUUGUAGCAGCAUCAACAGGUAAUAUGUGUCGUUAUUAUUCUGUCAUGGGUAAUAAAGACUUUUGCACAUUU